AUGUCCUCCGGCGCAGUCUUCUACACGCUCGAAUCCAGCGAUGGUAUGAAACUGAAAAUCAGCAUGGCAGCUGCACAACAAUCCAGACUCCUCUGCGACAUCACAAGCUUCGCCCAUCCCGAUGGCGUCCUUCCCAUCGGUGCUUCUGGAGCAACACUCUCGAAAAUCGUGCAGUGGUGUGAGUACCAUCAGGCCGAUCCGAUCACCGAUGUCAGACUCACCGGCAGUGAGCAAUUAGUGACGCCGGAUUGGGAUCUGGAGUUUUUAAGGAUGAGCAAUUCAGAGCUCUUCGAUUUGAUCAUCGCUUCCAACUACCUGGAUAUCAAUCUACUGAUGAACUACGCGUGCAAGAAGGUAGCACUAAUGGGGAAAGGAAAGACUCCAGAGGAGAUGAGAGAGGUCUAUGACAUUCCGACGGAUGCAGAGGAUGAGGCGGAGGAACGAAGGAUUCGAGAAGGGAAGCCAGAAAGUCAGACUGCAACGAAAUCUAGAAGUCCUGCGGAUAAGGCAUUCCAGGAGACCCGAAGACUUUAUGAAGAAGCUACGGGAGCUGUGAAGCUAGCUCUAGAAGCCCAGAGAGGUAGUGAGCACUCUACCAAGGCGUUGAAUGAAGCCAUUAGGCUAGCUGGCGAGAUUGAAAAAGCAGCAGAUGCCUGUAUUAAAGCUUAUAGAGCUGAAGGUGCUGUGAUAGAUGUAAUCUUGGAGUCUGCCGAUGAAGCUGUCGAAGCUCUUAAGAUAGCCGCUCAAGCUGAAAAGGAUAGCUCGGAAGCUCUAAUAAACGACAGGAGAGUCCGGAGGAUUGUGUUGGAAUUGGGAAAGGGUGCUGAAUGCACUGCCGAUGAAGCGAAGAAUGCUGCGCUGAAAACCAAGAUUAGUAUUGUGGCGAUGGCUAAGGUUCAAGCUGCGGUGAUCAAAAUGAAGAGUGAGGAGAAGAAGGCGAUUGAUGUUGAUGCCUAUAAGUAUCUCACGAUGUACAAUCAAAUUCUAGCACUACGAAGAUUUCGAUGA